GGACUCGACCCGUGACGAGUGUGUUUCAAGAAGAGUUAUCGUUCUUUGUCGGAAAUCAAUUGCAUGACGGGAUAGUUCCAAAUCAACACACGCACGUGGUCGAAACAUUUCAUUUCAACAAGCAACUUAAGCAAUUAUGGGGAGACCAGGAUUUUCUCCUCGGGGAGACAGGGGUGGUUUCCGUGGACGGGGAGGCUUCAGAGGGGGCAGGGGUGGUGACAGAGGAGGACGCGGUGGCUUUGGAGACAGAGGAGGACGCGGUGGCUUUGGAGACAGAGGAGGACGAGGGGGUUUCCGCGGGGGACGCGGAGAUUCACGUGGCUUCCGUGGGGGAGGUGGUAGAGGAGGCGGUGGUCGAGGAGGCAGAGGAGGCCGCGGUGGCAUGCGAGGCGGCAGGAAGGUGGUAGUAGAGCCCCACAGACACGAAGGUGUGUUUAUUGCAAGAGGGAAGGAGGACGCUCUGGUGACCCUCAACCUCACCCCUGGGGAGACUGUCUAUGGGGAGAAGAAGAUCAGCGUUGAGGAGGGGGAAACGAAGAUUGAGUACAGAGCCUGGAAUCCGUUCAGGUCGAAGUUGGCCGCUGCCAUCUUGGGUGGUGUGGAGAAGAUUCAUAUGAAACCAGGGGCCAAAGUUUUGUAUCUGGGUGCAGCUUCAGGAACAACUGUCAGCCACGUGUCCGACAUCGUGGGACCGGAGGGUUUAGUGUAUGCUGUAGAAUUCUCACAUCGGAGUGGCCGAGAUCUCAUCAAUGUUGCCAAGAAGAGACCCAAUAUCAUCCCAAUCAUAGAGGAUGCCCGACAUCCUCAUAAGUACCGAAUGCUGGUUGGUAUGGUGGAUACAAUCUUCGCAGAUGUUGCUCAGCCAGAUCAGGCGAGAAUCGUCGCCAUCAACGCACACAUGUUCCUGAAGAAUGGUGGCCACGUAGUCAUCAGUGUGAAGGCGAACUGUAUUGACUCGACAGCGGAGCCCGAGGCUGUGUUCGCAGGGGAGGUAAACAAGCUGAAGACUGAGAAGAUCAAGCCCCAGGAACAGCUCACAUUAGAACCAUACGAGCGAGACCACGCUGUGGUCGUCGGCUGCUAUAGAGCACCAAAGAAGUAAAUGCCACACCCCUCAAAAUCUGGAUGAAAUGUGAUCGGGAGGUUUUGACUUCUCCGAAGUAAGGAUGAAGAAAAACUGUUCUGACCUUCAUCAUUACCAGGAAACGUCUACAGACUCUGAUGUGGAUUUUCGGCAUUAUAUGCCAUGUGUAGGGGCAUGUCAAGCCAUGUGUAAGGGCGUGUCAAGCCAUGUGUAGGGGUGUGUCGUUCUUCAAGCCAUCAGCUGCCUGUCAACUCCUUUGCCCCAUUGGAAGAUUUUGACGCACUAUUGUGGACUUUGCCAUGAGUCAUACAGAGAUGUUUUAAUUAAUCUGUUUUUUAAAGAGUACAAUUGUUAGGCGUCCAGGGAUUUAUCUAGAGCCAGUCAGAGGCCGAUAUUCGGCCCAUAAGCCUAUUUCUAGUGUCCCCAUUGUGAUAUUGCUGUAAUAUUGCUAAAAGCGGCAUAAAAAAAGAUCAUUUUAUUAAAGUUCUUACUGUUGAGUUUAUGUAAGUAUUGCACUGAUAACAGUUCCAAUGAAGAGGAAGAAGUCUUUGUGCUUGGAUACAGCGAUAAAAUAAGAUAUCGCUGAAUAUGAGAAAAUAAACAAAAUGAAUUUUCCCAGUUUGUCUGCCAAUGCGCUAAGUUUGAACACUAGAUAAGUCCCUGGCUUCCCAUUAGAACUUAUAGUAGAUGAGCAGUGUAUGUUUCUGCUUGACAGUGUAAUUCUGGUAAGUAGGGCUUGUUUUGUAUCGGGAUAGAACUCGCACAAACUACUUUGACUGACAAUGAGAUCAUCAAUUCUGUUGUUCUGUCAUCUGAUCUGAAUAUAUGUACUGGGUAUGUGGCAUUUAAUGUUGAGUUAUGAGAUAUGUAGUCAUGUUACAUAGAGGAAGGAUAUCAGAGAUGGUCAUGAAAUCAAGUUUAGUUGUCACACAUUUUCCAUUAAAGUUUUAAACAACUGCCUCUUAAUGUUUGAGACAUUAGUUAGAAUUAUGACAAAUUGUUUUGUUGCAAAGGUGAAAAAAACCUUUAAAAAGCUACACACUUUCCUGUUGGUCUCGCUGUAUUCAGGACACUCAGUUGCUGCAUUUUGCUGGGCAGAGUUGCUCCCCUUAGAUGUGCCUGGAUCUUGUCACUUGAUUGUGAAUCUUGGUAUGUCCGCUCCAUCCAGGAAACAUGGAGUUAACAGCAAGUGGUAAAUGUGGAGGACCUGCACCGCUUGACACUUUCCUCUCACAUCAAGCUGCCACGCCGCCAUGACGGAACUGAAAUACUGUUUAAUAGAGGCGAACUCACUUUUUAAGACGAAGCAAGUAGGCUGUUUGAGUGUGUCAGAUGGGUUCUCCCAGUAAGGCAAAGAUGGGUUUGACUUGGUUAAUUCUAUUCUCAGUUUCCAUGUCUUUUAUGGUACUAUUAUACCUGUCCAGAUGACAGCAACCCAUGCUUGCCAUGAAAGGCGACUAACGGGAUCGGAUGGUCAGGAUCGCUGACUUCCUGGAUGCAUGCCAUCGUAUCCCAAUUGCGUGGAUCGAUGAUCAUGAUGUCAAUUACUGGAUUGUCCGGUCCAGGCUCGAUCAUUUACAGACCGCAGUCAUAAAGUUUGAAUAUUGCUCAGUGCAGCUUUAAACAACAAACAAACAAGCCCAGAUGUCAUGUUGCAGACCUGACAUUGAAUGGCCCUUACACAGACGAGCUGUUAAGAGGAGUGAUGUUUUCAGGAUUUGUGAACAUAUGCCCACAUACUGUGCUGUUAUUAAUUUGAUUUUCCUCAUGAAAGUCUUUUGGGUUCAAUACUUUAAAAUCUGGAAUACCUUGUUUUGUAUUGUGGAGGAUUGUGUCUGAAAGAUUGCAUAACGUGACUUCGGUAUUUUGUAUAUCAUGUUUUUGAUCAUGAGGUUCAAGAAACAUUGAUUGCUUAUGCAUAAAUCAUUUUCAUCAAUACCACAUUUAUUUCUAAAAUGUAAUAAAUAUUUUGAAAAAUA